AUGGCACGUCAACGAGGACAUUCCAAUGCCUCGUCAAUAUCCUCUCUCCCUGGAAAUCAGGAGCUGGAGAGUAUGUAUGAUUACUUGGCCAAGGUGAUUCUCCUUGGCCCGAGUGGUGCUGGAAAGUCUUGCGUGCUUCAUCGCUUUGUGAAAAACGAGUGGAGAGUGCUCUCGUCGCAAACGAUCGGAGUCGAGUUCUCUUCGAGGAUCGUCAAACUGGGCAGUGGCCCCCGGCGGACAAGAAUAAAGCUGCAGCUUUGGGAUACUGCAGGGACAGAGAGAUUCCGAUCGGUGUCACGAUCUUACUACAGAGGCGCCGCCGGGGCAAUCCUUAUCUACGAUGUCGCCUCUCACGCUUCCUUUUCCUCCCUUCCGACGUUCCUGAUGGACGCUCGUGCCCUUGCGUCCCCGAACCUUACGGUUCUUCUUGCUGGAAACAAGGCGGAUCUUACGAAUGAGUCUUUUACAAGCGGUGACUACACCGAGGAUACAAUGCGACCGCCCCCUACCCCAUCGAGUACGUCGAGUAGACAGUCGUCCUUCCCGUAUGAUUCCGGCGGUGGUUCGUUUCGUUCAACGAGCCACAUGGGUACCGGAAUGACAGCGACACAUGCGUCGCAAGGUCGGGAGGUUGGCAUCGAGGAAGCUUCGAGCUGGGCUGCCAAAUCCAGUAUACCUGCUGUCAUGGAAGUCUCCGCCCUCACAGGAGAAGGUGUUGAGGAGCUAUUUCAGCGUCUAGCACGCAUCAUACUGACAAAGAUUGAGCUUGGAGAAAUUGACCCAGAUGACCCGCAGAGCGGUAUCCAGUACGGAGAUGGCGGUCUCUAUGGCCACGGCACAAGCGAUGCUUCAAGCAUCAGAAGCCAAAUGACGCUCGAUGAAAGUGCUGUCCAGAUUCACCGCAGAAACACAAGACGACGAGGCGGUGGCGGGAACAACUGGCGAAAUGGAAUGCGGGAGUGGGAAGACGUCUUUCGCAUCAACGGAUCAAGUCACAGGAAAGGAUCGGGGUGUUGCUGA